AUGGCCAGUCUCCUACGACGAGCACACAGCUAUGUCGCACCAACAGAUACUGUCGACCACCUCGUCAUAGGCGGCGGCGUUGUCGGCAUGGCUAUUGCGCGCGAACUGGCUAAGAUAGCACCGACUUUCGUCAUCGAGCGGAAUGAGAACACUGGAAUGGAGACAAGCAAUCGCGGCUCUUGGGUCGUCCACUCAGGCAUAUAUUAUCCGGAGGAGGCUCACAAGACCAAGCUGUGCAUCCGAGGGCGGCAGCUGUUAUACAAAUAUUGUCUGGCGAACGAUGUGCCUCAUCGCAAAGUCGGCAAAUUGAUCAUUGCUACGUCCGGAGAACAAGUUGCGCAUCUCGACAAGCUACACGAGAAAGGCAAGAGGCUAGGCAUCCCACUUCAGAUGCUCUCUGGCGCCGAGGCGCGAGAGCUCGAGCCGGAUCUCUCUCCGAACUGUCAAGGCGCGCUACACAGCCCCGAGACGGGCAUCGUAGACGGGCGCAAGCUCAUAGAUGCGCUCCACGCCGAUGUCAUUGCUGCUGCCGAGCGGUAUCCUGGCGGCGGUGGCGAGGUCUUGACGAACCAUAGAGUCGUACGCAUAGACCGACAUGCGAGCGAAACCAGCAGUAGCAAACGAGGUAAGGAACAUCAACAAUACGUUGUACAGAUCCAGACAGGAGCAAAUCCGUCCGAUAACAUGUCAAACGGGGAGACCUCGGCGGUUUUAGCGAAAUGUGUCAUCAACGCAGCAGGUUUAAGUGCCCACCAUAUAAUGUCGCAUCUGAGGCCGCCAGACGAUCCGCAGCCUAUACACUACUGCAAAGGAUCGUAUUUUGCUUAUCAAGGCGAAGGCGCAAAGCAUGUCCGCCGGCUGCUCUAUCCUUGUCCAGAUCCCGACUUUGCCGGUCUCGGCACGCAUCUCACCAUGAAUCUCGAUGGCAACAUCCGCUUUGGUCCCGAUACAGAAUGGCUCAAGGCCCCGAACGAUGCGAUACAGGCUUCAGAGUCCGAUUGGUGGCAGGAACAUCUAGCGCCGACUGAGUCACGGAUGGCCGAAGCGAUCCAGGCUGUCAAGACUUAUCUGCCCAAUGUGGUAGACAGCGGCUUCUCGCCAGAUUGUGCGCUCUUACUCUCUAUUCGUAACAAGCUAAACAUCGAGACAGAUGCGGGUAUCCGGCCCAAGCUCAAGCCGGAAGGACAAGCGGCAGACGACUUUUCAAUCACGCAUCCAUACCCCAAUUUCAUCAAUCUGCUCGGCAUCGAAUCACCCGGCCUCACGAGCUCUCUGGCGAUUGCCGAGUACGUUCGGGACCUCGUCAAACGAGAAGUCUGGGGUCUUGGCCGCAGUCAUGGCAAAGUCAUCAGCGGCGCCGGUAGGCUCGACGAGCAAGCAAGCGCUUGGGCUUGA